CAAAUCUCCAUAAACUGCAGAUCCCUGCUGUGUAGGCAGGACAGGAGACCAUAAAUGGACAGAGAGCACACAAACAUGGAGGGUUCAAAAACACAUGGUGAAUUGUGUGAUGCUGAUUCACAUUUGCUCUCCUACGGAUUUCGUUUUGUUGGCAAAACCUUGCGAUGUUCAUUUGCUGUCAAAACAGGCUGACAAAAUCAACAUUUACCACAUUUAUUCGCAAGUAUUUUACUAUUCAGAGUUACACAUGCAUGUCUUCUUCCUAUUUGCUCAAAAGAAGAGUGUAUAUUAGAAUGGGUCUCAUGGACAGGUUCCAAAAACACACAGAGUUAAACAUAAUGUAGUAUGCACUCUCUAGUUUGGCAUCUGGCUUUCACUUCCUUUAGUUUUGGUUAAGUAGUAGACAUGUAGUAGCCUUCAAACUAUCUGUUUGAUCUCAUUACCUAUCUCUAACCUGUAAUUAAGGAAACUACAGCAGUUAUUUAUCAUCAACCCUGUUUUUGGAGAUCUGCCAUCUUAAAGGAUUCAGUUCCAAACCUAAUCCACCACACCUGCUCUACUUGAUUAGCCGAAUCAGAUUUCUGGAUUAGGGCUGGACUGAAUCCUGGAGGAAGGCAAAUUUCCAGAAAAUGUCCUGAUGAUCACUGUGUGAGAAUGUACAGAUCGGACUGUUUACUAAUCAAAGCCAUUCACUGGCAUGUUACAGUUUUCCCAAUGUUAUUCAGAUCUCUGAUUUUCCUUAACGUUGGCAAACAUGUCCUGUUAUUCAGGGAUAUUCAUUUUUUUUCAUUGCCCAGCAAUAACAAUGAAUUAACGAUUAAUAUGAUAUAGUGGUCAUGUAGCCUCCAGUGCACUAGAGGGCGCAGAAACAGCGUGGAUUCAGUCUUUUCUCAGUUUGAGCUGUCAAGUGACUCCGGAUGUACACAUUUUAACAGAUACAUAUCUGUCACUGGAAUACAAUGUUGGGUUUAUAAUUUACACCUUAUUAUUGGUAACUUUGAUAAAGUAAAUAAGCAAGAUUGUGUAUGUGUGUGUUUUUAGCAUGUUAGCUAAGUGUUUUAGACGCUAUUUCACUUGUUAUCUAUAUAAACACAGCGGCUGAAUCCCGAAUGGCGGAUUGAUGUACUGAUGUAUAAAGUUCACUAUCUAGCGUGUACAAGCCAUUAUUUCACGCCCUGUGUAGUGCACUUGUCUAGGGAUCAGGGAGUCAUUUCGGAUUGAGCAGCUUUGCGUAAGUUACUAACUCCGUGUUUUCAGCCUUUGCCGGAGAAGUAAAGGUUUGAAAGGGAGAAUGGCGGGACCGCUGCUUGAGUACGAGACGGAAAUGUUUCUGAGCCUUUUCAGCACGGAUGGUUUACUGAUCGCGGCAGAAGGACUUGGUAUUGACCGCAUUUUGUUACACUUUAUGAAGGUUUAUUCAGAGGAAGGCAGUCUGGUGCUGCUGCUGAACACAACAACUCCUGAACAGGAGUUCUUUACAGAGCAGCUGAGAGCUGAAGGAGUGAGCCAUCUUCCCCGGACCAUAAACAGUGAUGUACCGAGCAGUGAACGCUACCAUGUUUACACACAAGGGGGAGUGCUGUUUGUGACCAGCCGCAUCCUGGUGGUGGAUUUUCUCACCGACAGAAUUCCUGCUCACCUCAUCUCAGGAAUCCUCGUCUACCGUGCUCAUAAGAUCAUUGAGUCAUGUCAAGAGGCUUUUAUCUUGAGACUGUACCGACAAAAGAACAAGACCGGCUUCAUCAAAGCUUUCACAGACAAGGCAACUUCUUUUUCUACUGGCUUCUGUCAAGUCGAGCGAGUUAUGAGGAAUCUCUUUGUGAAGAAGCUCUUUCUCUGGCCUAGGUUCCAAGCCUCAGUGAACAGUGUACUGGACAGGCACAAGCCUGAUGUGGUAGAGCUGCAUGUGCAUUUGACUCCAGUGAUGAGGGCCAUCCAGAGCUCCAUCCUGGACAUCAUGAACGCCUGUUUGAAGGAGCUUAAGCGCUACAACCCGACCCUGGAGGCAGAAGACCUCUCGCUGGAGAAUACACUGGGCAGUGCCUUUGAGAAAACCAUUCGCCAUUACCUCGAUCCCUUGUGGCAUCAGCUGGGCGCGAAGACCAAAUCUCUAGUGCAGGACCUGAAGAUCUUACGAACUCUGUUGCUCUACCUCACGCAGUACGACUGCGUCACUUUCCUCAAUCUGCUCGAGUCCCUGCGUUCCAGCCAGAAAAACUUUGGCAGCAAUUCAGGAUGGCUGUUCCUGGACUCCAGCACUUCCAUGUUUGUGAACGCUCGUAGCCGUGUGUAUCGCGUUCCUGAGUCAAAAAAGAAACUUAAAGUUGGUGACGUGGAAGAAAAACCAAGUGUCUCUGUGCCUUUAAAAAGAGAGCUUGUGCUUGAAAAGAAUCCAAAGUGGGAAGCUCUGACUGAGGUGCUGCAGGAGAUUGAAAAGGAAUUGAGCAGCUCCGAGCACGAACCAGGCCGGGUGUUGAUCUGCGCCAGUGACGACAGGACGUGUGCUCAGCUGAAGGAGUACAUCCAGAAAGGUGCCGAUUCUUUACUCAUGCGCCUUUACUCACGGACUAUCGGUAAAGAUGAGUGUGUACCGGUGCCUGAGAAAACAAAACAAGGUAACAGUCGGCCCAGAAGAGACGUAAGAAAGGGACCCAAGGACAAGAAGGACAAGAAUUUGGCCAAAAAUACCAAACUCGGCGCAAAGAAACAGCGAGCUUCACUGACGCUCACACAAAUGGUGGGGCAGCAGAAAGAAGCUGAGGUGGACCAGCUGGGCAGCAGUGGAGAUGAGAGGGAACAGGAUGAAAUGCAGGAGGUAAAGGAUGAAGAUGUUCUUCUAAAUCUUACUUCAGAUUCCUACUAUGGUGUUCUCCAAGAACCCAUGACGGUCAUUCAUCCGCUGAAAGGAUGCUCGGAUCCGUACAGUCUAGCGCGAGUGUUAAAAGAGGUCGAGCCCAUGUUUGUGGUGCUGUAUGAUGCUGAACUCAGCUUUGUGCGCCAGCUGGAGGUUUACAAAGCCAGCAGGCCAGGCAGACCUCUCAGGGUGUAUUUCCUUAUUUAUGGUGGUUCCACAGAGGAACAGAGGUAUCUCACUGCUCUACGUAAAGAGAAACAAGCAUUUGAACAUCUGAUCAGAGAAAAGGCCAGCAUGGUUGUUCCAGAAGAGAGAGAAGGCCGAGGAGACACAAACCUGGACCUGGAUCGUAGUCAGGAACCUGCUCACGCUGCUGCAGACACUCGCAAAGCAGGUGGACAGGAGGUUGUCAAAGAGCCGUGCCGAGUCAUCGUAGACAUGCGGGAGUUCCGCAGCGAGCUUCCUUCCCUCCUGCACCGGCGUGGGCUCGACAUCGAGCCGGUCACCCUGGAGGUGGGAGACUACAUCCUGACUCCUGAAAUCUGCGUGGAGCGCAAGAGCGUGAGUGACCUGAUCGGCUCGCUGCAGAGCGGCCGUUUGUACGCUCAGUGUGUGUCCAUGAACCGCUUCUACCGCCGGCCCGUGCUGCUCAUCGAAUUCGACCCGGCCAAGCCGUUCUCACUCGUGGCCCGUAGCGAGCUACGUCAGGAGAUCUCCGCCAACGACAUCACUUCCAAACUGACCCUCUUGACUCUCCAUUUCCCCCGGCUGAGGCUGCUCUGGUGCCCAUCACCCCAUGCCACCGCGCAGCUCUUUCAGGAACUCAAGCAUGCUCGGCCUGAGCCUGAUGCCAUCACUGCCCAGGCCGUUACAGCAGAAUCAGAUGUGGUGGAAGAUUCGGUAGACCUGUACAACCCCGGGCCUUACGACUUCCUGCUCCGUAUGCCCGGAGUGAAUGUUAAAAACGUAAGGGGACUCAUUAAACAUGCUGCCAGCCUGGCUGAGCUGCUCACUCUGAGCCUGGAAAAGCUGGGUGAGAUUCUGGGCAGUGCUAGUAAUGCCAGGCAGCUCCAUGAAUUCCUACACAAUACCAUGAAUGUGGCUUCAGUUCAAAAGACCAAACAAACGAAGUAUUAGUUUGUAGUGUGAACAAGGCUGGCAGAAUUGUAGAUCUAAAAUGUAAUGCAUUCAUAUUAUAUAAAAUGUCUCAUGUACAGUAUAUUUAAGUGAGAUUUAUUUUUUUAAUGUAAAACAUAAUGUACAGUGUAUGAAUUUUCAACUGUCUGUAUCUGGAAGGUAUAUGAUUAAAUUGGCUACAUACAUGCUGUGUGAGUUUUUUAUCUGUCUGUCUGUCUGAUACAUGUUAGUACUUCACGUGAGGCUCACUAUAAGCAUUUCACCAUCCUGUGCAAGUGAUAAAUAAACUUGACUGAGGCAGUGAUUUUUUUUUACAUAACGAACUUCAAGGCAGAGGAUGGAGUUGGAUAGUUUACACCAUGGCAUGUUUACUUAUUUUACUCCUAUUCGCAUUUAACAUGAACACGACAUGUCUAGAAAGAAAAGCAUCUUAUUGUCUUAAGCUGCUCCUUUACAUUAUAUGUACUGUGCUUCUCUUAUGUGAGAAGU